UCAUCACAUCCUUCCAUCCCGAAUAAUUCGACCAUUUUCGCUCAAACUCCAGCCGCGCCUACACAAGCGUCGACCAUGACAAUCACGGCUCCGAUUUCCAGAACAAUGGCCACUCCGCGGACGCAGCCAAGCACCGUCGUGAUUUCAACGGCUGCUCAAACUCAAGCGAUGACCACACCCUUAGUCGGAUCCGUGGCUAGGAUGCCAACACCAACGAGACUCUUCAGCCAACCGGCAGCGACGGUGCCGUCAACACCAAAACCGACCCUUUUCGGCAGAUUACUUCAAGCUAUCACGCCCGGCACGCUUACACGUUCCGCAUCCGUGCCGCAUAUUCCCUUGAAUACAACCGCGUCGAAUGUCAUCGUUACAACCAGUAUAACGAAUCCGAUGUUCUCCACACCGUCGUUUACUAGAGCACAGCCGGUCACGACGAGUCAGCCCAUGUCAACGGCUUCAAACGUCGUCACUCCACCAACGUCGUUCUUCCAGGCUCCUAUACCGACCGUUCCGCCAACAACGACAUCGGCAAACGCUCCGAUUCCUACGUCGGUAGUUCCUCAAGCGCCUACAUCGACUGUACCAUCGUUCGCCCCACCAACUUCCACAUCAGUUGCCGCUCCGGUCUCUACAUCAUCGGCUUAUCCGUUCACGCCGGUGACUACAGCCACCAUGCACGUCCCGACGACCAGUAAUGCGACGCACGUCCCAGUGUCGGUCCCGUUGCCACCCAGGUCUUCAGCUUCGGUCCCAUUUCCGCCCGGAUCUUCAACUUCGACUCCGUUACCACCCGUGUCUUCAGCAAGCGCUUCGUCGUGGUUUUCAUCGUGGAGGAACGUUGGUCAACCGAAUUUAUUCGGGCCAAGGCAACCGGCCCAGCCACCGUCCGCUCCGCCGGCCCAGCCACCGUCCGCUCCGCCGGCCCAGCCACCUUCUGCUCCGCCGGCCCAGCCACCUUCUGCUCCGCCGGCCCAGCCACCUUCUGCUCCGCCGGCCCAGCCACCGUCUGCUCCGCCGACCCAGCCACCGUGUGCUCCUCCGGCCCAGCCACCGUUUGCUCCGCCAACUCAACCACCGUCUUUCCCGCCAGCGUCUAGUGCAAGCCACGCUUGGCCCCCGAAUCCGCCGCCGACCACUUCAAUUCAGAUGGGCACGGUCCCGACGAGUUCAAUUCCGACAAGUGAAACGCAAGUCACCUCCGCACCGCCUUACAGCACUAGUCAUGUGCCGGUCAGCCUAGGUCCGUCAUACGGUCCGGGUUUGUCCGCCUACAAUCCGAUUGUGUCUACAGCUCCAUUUGAAAUGGGUUCGAUUUACGGGCCGGCCACCGCGGCUGCAACCCCGACCUCAUCGUCAUUUACGCCAUCAACCAGUCUUGGACACGCCCCGACGUUCUUUCCAAGAGCCUCUGCACCGCCAUUCGUGCCAACCAGCCUGACAUUCGCGUCCGGCUUCCCUGGACCUUCCGCUCCUCCACCGACAACCGACAACCCGCACGGAGUCUAUACGCCAGACGCCUGGAUCCAUGGCCUCAGUGCUGUUCACGCUCCGCCAGGCCGUUCGAGUAUCAAACCACCGCGGAUGAAGGCGCCGAGCUUUGAUGGAGACCCUCGAAAUUGGCCAAUGUUUAUUCAGAUGUUUAAGGUCUUCGUCCACGAUGCCGUUAGUUCCGACGCGGAACGAAUCGCUCAUCUUCACGACGCCCUUACUCCAUCGAUUAGAAAGGACAUUGGUGGAGCGUUGUUGAAUCCCGGUCUCUACCAACACGCUCUCAACGAACUCCAGAAACGAUACGGCAAUCCGCAAAUCGUCUCUCAGGCUUGCACCGAAUCAAUCCUGAAACUCCGGCCCUUCAAAGACAACGAUUUUAAUGCCCUCCGCUCCUUCUCCGCGGAUCUUCACUCCGUCGUGGCGACGUUACGGCUUGGGGGGUAUGGAAUGGAGCUUUACAGUCACGCUACUCUCUCGCAGCUGGUUGCCAAGCUCCCACCGGCUCUGAAAAGUCGAUGGGGCGAGAAGAGUUGGGCGAUGCAACCUGCGCUCGCGUCUAUUGAAGACUUGGACCAAUGGCUCGACGGAGUUGCUAUGGCCGAAAAAUCCAUCCGGGCCAGUUCAGUGGAAUCGUCUCAUCAGCGGCCCGUGAAACCGACUGAGGAGAAGCGACGUACGCACAAACCGAAUGUUUUUAACAUUACGUCAACGAAUCCCACAAAAACUGACGCCGAGGAUAAACGCCCGAGAUGCUUAGGGUGCAACAGCACGCACCAGCAUCGGCUAAAGGACUGCAGAAAAUUCAAGGAUUUGCCAGUCGAAAAACGAGCCAAGAUAGUGAAAGAUUCGAAUCUUUGUCUUCGCUGUUUAGGUAGUGGUCAUAUCGGCAAAGACUGUACAAAGCCCGAACGCUGUUCCAAACCCGAAUGCGAUGGGACUCACCACUUGCUACUGCAUGGAGCUCCACGACUUUUUCCUAAAAGGACGGAUCCUAAGCCACCAACUCCGGCGACAUUUUCCGGUUCAAUUGCAUCGAGAUCGUCCGGAAGCCGCAUUUUACUGCCGAUCGUCCCGAUCAUCCUAAAGACAGAUGGGAAAGAGUUCCCGCUCUACGCUCUUCUUGACUCCGGAAGUGAAAUUUCCGUUAUAAAGGGGGAGACGGCGAACCUCCUCAAUCUACAUGGCAGAGUGGAGAGGGUAGCGACGAGAACGGUCAACGGCGAGACGAAAUCUGCCGAUCGAAAGAUCGUCAAUUUCAGUGUUUCUUCGACGGACGGUCGUUUUUCUUUCGACAUCUCGGAUGUUCACGUCAUGGAAACCUUCGAACUGAACAAGCGAUCAAUCGACCUUGCUCGCCUGAGCAAGCAGUGGCCUCAUCUCGUUCACGUCCCAGUUUAUCCGACUACGCAAGAAGAUGUCGCCAUCUUAAUCGGCCACGAUCAUCCAGCAGCCAUCGAAAUCUUCGAGACCCGAAAGGACCCCUUCGACCAACGAGCUCCUCGCGCUUAUCUAACAGCUUUCGGUUGGUGCAUAGGCGGUCCAAGCGGCCGACUCGAUAACGGAGCAAGUAACUGCUAUCACUCCAGCACGGCCGAAAGGGAUUGUGACGUCAUGCUGCAUCAAUUCAUCGAAGCCGACACGUUCGGGACGAAGCCAAACGUCGCAAAACCAAUUGGUGCGGAAGAGAAGCGAGCGUGGGAGAUCUUGAACAGCACUACCAGACACACCGGUGAAAGGUACGAGGUGGGUCUGCUCUGGAAAGCGGAUGAUUCCGUUGUCCCAAACAACUUCUUUUCCACCCAACGGCGAUUUACUAACCUCGAAGGUAAAUUCGCCAAAAACGAAGGACUUGCCGAGACUUACCGGGCCGUCAUCAACACCUACGUCAACCUGAAGCACGCCCGAAAAUUAUCGAAGGAAGAAAUUGACUCUGGUCCAGAUGGGCGAACCUGGUAUUGCUCGCAUCAUCCCGUCUUCAAUCCGAACAAGCCGGGAAAAUGCAGAGUCGUUUUCGACCUGUCCGCCAAGUACAAAGGAGUGUGCCUCAACGACGUUCUUUUGAAAGGUCCUGAUCUUCUAACCAAUCUCAUCGGCAUUCUUCUCCGAUUCCGACAGCAUGCAGUUCCGAUCGUCGCCGACGUGGAAAAGAUGUUCCAUCAAGUGCGAGUGAGACCUUCCGACGGGCCGGCUUUCCGCUUCAUCUGGCGUGAUCCAGGUGAUACUAAACCUCCGGAUAUCUACCAGAUGGACGUACAUCUCUUCGGUGCUGUCUCUUCACCGGCCGUCUGUGCCAACGCACUACAAAAAGCCGUCAAAGACAGCAAAGAUGCGGAAUCGCUGCUACCCCAAAUCACUCGACAUUUCUACGUGGAUAAUUGGCUAGCGUCCUUUCCUUCAGCCGCCGAAGCUAUAUCGACUGCCCACCGAUUGACUGAAGCCCUGAAGGUUGGAGGUUUCCCAUUGACGCAGUGGGCCACUUCCAACGAAGCCGUAAGGAAGUCACUUCCAGGGAUUCAGCAGGAAGGAGCAUCCAUCAAUAUGGACUUGGACGCCGAUCCGAUCGAACGAACUCUCGGUUUAGUCUGGGAUUUCCGUCGCGACGUCUUCGUCCUAGGUGCAAAGGCGGAUCCUGGUGGAAGAACAAAACGAGAUCUUCUUAAGUCAAUUUUCAGCAUCUUCGACCCCCUCGGCUUUCUAGCGCCGAUAGUUUUCCAAGCGAAGGUCCUCAUGCAGGAUAUAUGGCGCCACAAAUUCGAUUGGGACGACGAGCUAAGCCAAGAUCUUAUUGACCGCUGGAUCCGAUGGGCAGAAAAUUUGCCCUCACUCUCCGGACUCGUUUUACAACGAUGCAUCGCUCCCAGCCGAGAAGACAUCGUAGCGACCGAACUGCACGUUUUUGUGGACGCCUCAGAAUUGGGCUUCGGUGCUGUCGCAUACGUCCGAUUGUUCAGCGAUGGAUCAGCCAGUGUCCGGUUCAUCAUCUCGAAAGCUAGAGUCGCUCCGCUUAAAUUCCUGACGAUCCCACGUCUAGAACUUAAUGCUGCCGUUCUAGCCGCGCGUCUCGGCGCACAAGUGCGUACGAAGCUGGACAUCGUCUUCGACCAAAUUCUUUAUUGGACCGAUUCUACAACCGUGCUUAGCUGGAUCACAUCCCGUAAUUGCCGUUUCAACAAUUACGUCGGAAAUCGUGUUGGCGAAAUAUUCGAAAGUUCAACGCCCGCUCAAUGGAAUUACGUCCCAAGCGCCAGCAAUCCCGCCGACGACGCCAGCCGUGGUCUGGAUCCUUCCGAGUUUACCGUUGAGCAUCGUUGGUUCUCCGGUCCGCCGUUUCUUCAAGGCCUCGACGAAUGGCCGAAACUCAAGGUUCUUCCGCCGGUGGAAGCAAGCGACCCAGAGAUCCGCGAAACGUCCUGGGUCGGGCUUGUACAAAGAGAAAGCGACGCAAUCGAUCUUCUCAUCGAACGGAAAUCCCGGCCUUUGAUCAUCUUCAACACCGUCGCCUACAUUUAUCGCUUCAUCCGGAACGCCCGUCAAAAGGACCGCAACCAGCGUUCAAUAGGCCAACUUUCGGUCGAAGAAAUUGAAGUUGGAAAGGCGUUCAUUCUCCGCCGGAUGCAAUCUAACGCGUUUCAACAGGAGGUGAACGACCUACGGGCCGGCCACCAAAUCGAAGAGAUUUCCAAGAUCGUCAAGUUGACUCCUUACUUCGACCACCACGGCCUCAUGUGUGUUGGCGGGCGACUUGAAAAGGCGCCUCUCCCGAUCGACGUCCGCCACCCAAUCAUUCUGCCUCGUUCCGAGCGGAUGACUGAGCUAAUUCUCUUCAAACUCCACCGUGAUCGCGGCCAUCUCUCGGCUAGCCAGCUUCAUCACGAGGCGCGUCAGCAAUACUGGAUUCCGAAGGGCCGAAUCGCGGCCCAACGAGCUUACCACCAGUGUCACCGUUGCAGAAGGAUAAACGCGAAAGCAAGGAAUCCAUUCAUGGCUGCUCUACCCGCUUCCCGGUUAAAAAUUGGCUAUCCCGCGUUCACCCACACCGGUGUAGAUUACUUCGGCCCCAUCGAGGUGUUAAUUUUCCGUCGUACCAUCAAACGUUGGGGUGUUCUCUUUACAUGCCAGACUUCAAGAUGCGUCCACCUCGAAAUGGCUUAUUCAAUGGAUACAAGUUCCUUCAUCGCUGCACUCGAACGCUUCCAGAAUCGUCGCGGCGUCCCAGCGUCUUAUCACAGCGACAACGGGACUAACUUCGUCGGAGCGCAACGAGAGCUGGCCGAAUGCCUCCAGAACUUGAACCAACAUGCCAUCCAGCGGCACCUGAGUCGUCAGCCGUCAAAAUGGGUUUUCAAUCCUCCAGCUGCUCCACAUUUCGGGGGUAGUUGGGAACGGAUGGUUCGUGCCGCCAAGAUCGCGUUGCGAGCAGUACUAGGAAAUCAACGCCUCACCGACGAGAUCCUGUUAACCGCCCUCACGCUCGUCGAGAACAUCCUCAAUAGUCGCAAGUUGACCCCAAUGAGCGAGGACGCGACCGAUCCCGAAUGUUUGACCCCAAACCAUCUACUGCUGGGCCGUGCAACUCCAAAUCUUCCGCCUGACGUCUUCACCAAGGAUGAUUUGAACGCCAAGCAGAGAUGGCGAAUCUCGCAGGCUGUUGCGGAUCAAUUCUGGCAUCGUUGGAUGAAGGAGGUUCUACCGAGCCUCACCGAGCGCGAGAAAUGGUACCGAGAAGGCCCAAAUCUCGAAGUAGGAGACAUCGUCGUCAUCAUCGAUCCAGCUACACCUCGUGGAUCGUGGCCGACUGGAAGGAUCCUGCAAACAUUCCCUGGCGAUGACGGAGUGGUCCGCUCCGCGACCGUCCAGACGAAGGGGACUGAACGCCAUCGACCAGCUCACCACUUGUUUCCCCUGGAAUCCGUCCGGAUCCGAGAGGGUGCUCUUCGUAUGACGAAGCGCAGGGCCGGCGAUGUUGGCGUUCCUGAGCCCGCCAAGAGCGUGCGUUUUAAUUUGGACCUGGCAACGCAGCGCGAGGGGUAA